GCCCCGAGCUCAUGGUCAGCUGAUACACCAAAACAAACACCGCGGUACUCAGUGUGUGACGGAUGCUGACGUCAGGCUUUUUUUUACACACCGACAAUUGGAAAUUUGUAGUUACUGGUUCAACAAUAACUCCACUACAGCUGUGUUUUCUUUCAUCCAGAUAAAGUGUUCACGAAUGCCACCGUAGCAGGUCCCAUCGUUACCGUUAACUGUGACUACGAUAUCGAGUGCUGGCAGAAUGUACCAAAACCAGGGAGGAGUUUACCAUGGCUAAUGAUAAAGCUGUUGCAGAUGGAUGGCCCAGCUUAGUCAUUCAUUUAUGUAAAGCCAUCAAGAAUACAUGCAGUCUGGCAUCAUGGAAUUCUCUGCCAUGGAUUCUUGGUUGGGUAACCAUGACAGUUAUGGGUCCUGUGCUUGCUGCCAGAGUUGCAUAUCGAACCUUGCAUGUUAUGAUAUCACGAGCUUUUUCAAGCAAAAAAGUUUUGUGCGGGAAGGUUGUAUUAAUCACUGGUGCAAGUUCUGGAUUGGGUGAGGCUCUUGCACAUGCAUUAUACAAGUGUGGCGUUCGUCUGAUUUUAGCUGCACGCAAUACAGAAAAGUUGGAAAAUAUCAAGGAGACUCUUCUGAAGACAUACAAACCUCCAGAACUUCAUGUUCCAACCAUUAUUAAGUUGGAUUUGGAAGAGUUGAACAGCAUCCCUGUUGUAGUUGAAGAAAUAGUUGCUUCCCAUGGACGCAUUGAUAUUCUCAUCAACAAUGCUGGCAUCUCUUACCGAGGAGUAGCUGCAGAAACUGAUAUUAGUGUUGACAUAAGAUUGAUGUUAGUCAAUUACUUUGGACAGGUGGCAUUAACAAAAGCAAUUCUUCCACUGAUGAUGAAGAGGAGGACAGGUCACAUAGUGGCAGUCAGCAGUGUCCAGGGAAAACUUGCCAUUCCUUAUAGGUCAUGUUAUACUGCAUCAAAGCAUGCUCUUCAAGGAUUCUUUGAUUCACUAAGAGCUGAAGUUGCUGAAAGUAAAGUGAAAGUGACAGUAAUCAGUCCAGGAUACAUUGCUACCAAUCUUUCUGUCAAUGCAGUGACUGGUGAUGGAUCAUUAUAUGGAGAAAUGGAUGAAACAACAAGUGGCGGCAUGAGUCCUGAAUAUGUUGCUGACAGCGUAGUAGGGUGCUUGACUAAUGGGAGUGAGGAGCUGGUACUUGCCCCAGUGCUGCACCAUGUUGCAAUCCUUCUUCGUACCCUUUCUCCUCCUUUAAUCACUCACAUCAUGAAGAGGCGAGCUGCAACACAAAGGAAUUCCUACCUGCACAAGAAAGACUGAAGGAAGGAGAAGUGAGAGAAGAACUUUAUAUAUAAUUUUGUAUGUAUGCUAUAAGAUUUUUAUGCAGUUGGAUUCAUUAGUAAGUAAUAUUUAGUAUGGUUAAUUAGUAUGUUACUAUCUUUCAUAUUUUCAUUUCAGUGAAUGUUUAUGCAUUAUUGAAAAUGAAUUUAAAGUAAAUAUUUUUAUUUACAUGACAAGACCAACAGAUCAAGAUAAGACAAUAGAUCACUGUAACUCUAGAUCAGAUAAUAAGCCAACAUAGCAUACAGGUGAUGUACAUGAAAUGAUGAUUUAUUCUGAAAAGCAUUUUGUAGCUUAGGAUUGUAGAGACUGCAAUGUUGAGUUCCCAGUCAGCUAUCAUUAUACAUUAUAUAGAUGUGUGUAUGUUUUACCAAAGAAUAGGCCUUUGUUGAUUAAGCAGAUAGUGAAUAUUAUAUAAAUACCAUCAUAUGGAGGCACCAUGGUACAGUGGGACUGUGUGCACUCUUUGGGCCAAGGGCUCCUCAGAUGCUCCUCAGGUUUGAAUCUUGGCCACACCCCAAGGCUGGGAAGGGCAUCCACUUGGGGUAACAGUUCUCAAAUGCCAAAUCCAAAGUCCUUCAUUAGGAGGCAUUGUCCUAGCCUUGAUAGGCCAGGAAAACCAGACAUAAAAAGCAAAUUAAAGAUACCAUCAUAUGAGUUCUCACCAAAUUUAUGAACAUAAUGGAGUUGAAAGCUACUGAUCUUGUCAGUUUUCUCCUUUGACAGAUUUUUCAGUAUAUCAUAGUUAGCCACAAUGUUGCCUCUUGCUUUUCUUUUCUAAAGAUACUGCUUUAAAGAGAUUUUUUUGCUGCAUAAAUGAGGAUAAAAAAAAAAAAAAAAGAGUAUGGUAACAUGUUCAGAAAAUCCUGAUACAUCAUCAUUUACCAUCAGUAUAUUUCAUGCCAUUCCAUAUUGUUACUAAAUCACCAUUUCUUAUAAGGUACAUGUGGUACAUAAGUACAUGUGGGAAAGAGGUUUUAGUAGGAACAGAGUUAGUGUUAGUAGGAACAAAACCAUGAACAAGAAAGCAGGGAAUGUUUUGAUAGAGAGAAGAGGUUUUUCUGCCAUUCCCAUCCUCUUAUAGGACACUCAUGGAGGAAACAAGGCAUCAGAGAGGGAUAGAUGGAUAGUAGAUAGAUAGAUACAUAAAUUAAUUAAUUCUUUGAUUAGAAUCAUAAUAUUAGAGUCCAUUAGUAAAUGUGUCAAUCUUUAAUUAUGUAGUUCAUUUUUGGCUUAUUGAGUAUUAUUCAUGUAACAUUCUAUGUAGCAUAACAAAUACUUAAGAUCAUUAUUGAUUACAACCUCUUUUGCAGUAUGUGGAGCUUAUUAGCAUAAAAUUAAUGACAUUGAAAAAAAAUAUGCCAGUAAGCAUUAAGCUUUACAACUUUUACUCCAAUAAUAAGUAGGGGAUGACACUACCUUUUCAUGUGCAUGCUAGUUGAGUGAAUUUUAAAUGUGUAUUCCUGUAAUCUAGUCUCAUUUGUGUUCAAUGAUCUGCACAGAGUUUUAUCUUGCAUAUUAUUCAAAUAAAUUAAAGACUAUAUCUGUUGCUGUAUAUUGUCAUAUAACUGCUCAUUCAUUGAGUUGUCUUUAAUGUGACAUCAGUGAAGGAAACAUAACAAGGAAACAAUAGAAUAAAAGGACCAAAGAAA